AUGGCAGGCAGGCAGUUCUUCCACCUGGCCCUUUGCCACAGAACAGACGACGUGCAGUGGUGGCGCUGCGAAACCUGCCGGACGCCACCUCAUCCUGGCUCUGUGUUUUUUUUGCUUUUAUUAGGUGUGAAACCCCCGAGCCCAGGCCCGACCCUGGAGGCCUCGGUCCAGAACGUGGAGCUGAAGAUCUGCAGCCGCGCCACACUGCACUGCGCCUCUGGGACCGUGGGAGCUGUUAAAGUGUGUGCCAGGACCCCAGGCUCGGCGGAGGGGGCGAAGGAGCGCCUGGUGCCGUUGAUCCAGGGCCCCUCCGACACCAAGGAGCUCCACAGGCGCCGCUGGCUCAACGAGGUCCGCAAGCCCGAGUCUCUCCUGGCCCCGGACCUGCUGGCCUUCUCUGUCCAGGUGCCCCAGACUGGACACGACUGCAGGAACUCAGGGGCUGUGUCACUGGUCAGUGUCCAGGGAGUGGCGGUCAACGUGGAUCCGGUCAUCUGCACCUGGCUGCUGCACCAGCCCCAGAGAGGCCCCAGCAGACAGCAACAACAACUACAGCAACAGGCUUCAGGCACGGUUCCCAUGGUGAUGCCCAUGGCUAAACGGAGGGAGGACGAGAUGUCCGUGGGGAGCACUCCAUUGGCCAAGCAGCCUUCCAAUCAAGCCUCUGACUACGCCAGCAGCCCAAUGAAAACCAAAACGGUGACAGAGUCCCGUCCUCUGUCCAUCCCUAUGAAGGUGCUGCCCCCGUCGUCAGAGUCCUGGUCCUCACCCGAGGAGAGGAUGAAGGAGCUGAUUGGCUGGGUCUGGGACGCCGUCAAACGCCUCACACUACAGUUGGAGCUGCAGUCGUGUUGCGUGUUCCUGCCCAACGCCAGCCUGCCCUCCCCCAGCACCAUCAUAUGUGGGGACAUCCCUGGCACUGUGCGCAGCUGGUACCACAACCAGGCCGCCAUGCCUGGGACUCUGGUAGUCUGCCUGCCCCAGGUCAGCGUGCUCAGUGCCGGGCACAGGUACAUGGAGCCCCUGCAGGAGAUCCCCUUUGUGGUGUCCAGGCCCAUCUUGGAGGAAGGUGAUGCCUUCCCCUGGACGGUGAACCUGAGCCAGUUCAGCAUGUACACCCUAUUGGGCCAGCAGCGCUCUCUCAGUCUGCUUCAGCCAAUGGGCUGCACCUCCACCCUGGCCCUCACCUCCCACAAGCUGCAGGGGGCGGGGCCCGACCCAGGAAGACACGCCUUCAUCGUCUGUCUCCAUGUCGACCUGGAGCCCCUGCACCUCAAGUGCUCCAACCCGCAGGUCCAGUUACUGUACGAGCUCUACCUCAGCUGGAGUUCUACCUGGGCUCGUCUCCAGAGGCGGGGCAUCCUGCGCCAGACCUCCAGCGUCCCAGAAGCCCCUGCAGGGGGCGCCCCCAGCUCCCCGGUCCGCAGCAGCGCCGGCACCAUGCCCCCCGACACCAGCACCUGCAGCCCCUCCGCUGACUUUGGCUCCCCCACAGAGGGGGACUCGGUGCCGGCGGGCGAGGACUGCGCCUUCCCAGACACGGUGACUCUGGAGCAGAAGACCAGCUGCAUCGGAGGCACCAGCGGCAGGCUCAGCCUGUGGAUGCAGUGGAUGCUCCCCAAAGUCACGGCCAAGCUGUUCGCCCCGGACCCCGCCUCCAAGAACACAGAGAUCUGUGUGGUCAGCGAGCUGGAAGACCUGAGCGCCUCCGUGGACGUGCAAGAUGUCUACACCAAGAUCAAGUGCAAAGUGGGGAGUUUCAACAUCGACCACUACAAGAGCAGCCCAGAGGAGGGGGUGCUCAGGGCGGGGCCCUGUGGGGGCGUGGUCCUCUCUUGUACAGACAAGCUGAACAGACGCACCGUGCUGUUCCCUCCAGUCAGCAAGCAGGACUCUUUCAGCCACUUCCCUGCCUUCUUCCCCCCUACUGCCGCCAAGGUUCUCGAAGUUUCCCACCAGCAGCACGGCUUCCUGUCGAUCACCUACACCCAGGCUGUCACCAAGAACGUCCGCCACAAGCUCACCACGCGGCCAAUCAGCUCGCGCGGCGGGGGCGGGGUGGAGGGGCUCGCCGACGCCUCGCCACACUACCUGCGUGAGAUCCUGCUGACGGCUCAGCCCUUCGACGUGGUCCUCUCCUGUCCGCUGCUGGCCACCGUAGCCGGCCUGUUCCACGCCACGUUGCCGCGACGAUACCGCGACCGGGGCAAGUCGUCGGGCCAGCCAAUGAGGAGCCACACGCUGACGUCCCGUUGCCUCCCGCUCAUCUACAUCAACACCAGCGUCAUCCGAGUGUUCUGCCCCAGCAACCAGGACCAACACGCUGGCCCAGAGCCCUCCCAGAGGACAGAAGACACCCUGGUGCUCAAGGUGGGCUCUGUCAGUGUGGCACCCCAGGCUGACAACCCCCUGACACGCAGUGUCCUACGCAAGGACAUCUACCAACGGGCCCUGGUCCUGGGUGUCCUGCGUGACCCAGGUUCUGAGGUGGAGGACCGGCAGUACCAGGUGGACCUGCAGGCCAUCAACAUCGGCACCGCCCAAUGGGAGCAGCUGAAGCCCGAGAAGGAUGCUUCUAAAGGGGGCGUGCCGGCUGAGGGCGAGAGGAACUCUCAGAACCCCGCCCUGGAGUGGAACAUGGCGAGCAGCAUCAGAAGACACCAGGAACGCCGCGCCCUCCUCACUCCCAUCCUGACUGAUUUCUCGGUCCGCAUCACCGCCGCGCCCGCUAUCAUCUUCAGCAAACCGGUAUCCCCCGACAACGCUCAGACCGAGGAGAUAGUGGUGUGUGGUCACUCUCUGGAGGUGAACGUGACCAGUAGCCUGGACGUCUACCUCAGUGUGGCCCAGGUCCAGCUUCUCCAGAAGCUUCUCCGAGACAACAUGGUGGGCAGCGACACACCAGAGAAGACCUCCGAGGCGCGUGGUCAGGAGCAGCAGCGCGGCCGGGCCGACCCCAGGGGCGGGGCCUCGUCGUGCGGCCGCAGCGGCCAGGACAGCGGCUUCGGCAGCGACUCGGCCCGCAUCCGCAUCGUCCAGAUCGAGCAGCAGAGCGGCGCCAGCCACCACCGCAUCGCCCGGCCCUCCCGCCACUCCACCAUCACCAAGAACCUCAGCUUCAUCCCCUUCGACGUCUUCCUCACCGCCAGCCGGCUGUCCGUCAUGACCUACGCCUGCUCCAGCCCGCCCAAGGCCUCCGCCGCCGCCCCUGCCGCCGCCGUCCCCUCCACGCCCACCCCAGCCUCGCCCGAGGGGAGGGAGGGCGGAGCGCGGGAGAGGGCGGGGAAGAGUGCCCUGAACCAGGCAGGGAGCCAGACGGACCCGGCCUCCGGCCACGCGCCGCCCCCAGACCCCGCCGCGGACCCCGCCCCCCACGUGCCUCUGGCCAGCCUCACCGCCGACGACCUCCUCAACAGCAACACCCAGGCGGUGCCGGGGGCCGGGCCGGGGACCCCGCCCAGGGGCAGCCUGCUCUCCCUGGACAGCCUGGCGGCCCCCAGCCGCUCGUCGGCCAGGCAGGCGCUGGGCGUGACGGUGGUGAGGCAGCCGGGGCGGAGGGGGGCGGGGGACGCCCUCCUGGAGCCCCUGCUCCACCUCCAGGUGGCGCAGCCCUCGGCGCUGGUCAGCUGCCACCACCGGCGCCAGAGGGCGGAGCUGUCCGUGUUCGACCUGGCGCUGCGCGGCGUGCCCUCCCACUACCAGUGUCAGGACGCAGGAAAGACCCUGCCCGAGGCCCUGGACUACAGUGUGUGCUGGCUGCAGACAGUAGCUGGAGAGACUGACAGUAAGACAGGCAUCCCCCCUCCUCUGCUCUCACUCCACAUCAAAGACUUCCUCAACGGACCAGCUGAGCUGAGUGUGGAGCUGAGCAGGCCCCUGAAGGUGAACCUGACCCUGGCCAAGCUGGAGCAGGCCAAGGCCUACCUGGAGAAGGUCCUCCCACACCACCAGCUCUGGGGGGGCUCCGCGCCCCCCUCCGCCUCCACCACCCCCCACUCCUCCCCCGGCAAGGCCCCCAGGACCCCCCCGCGGCCGGACGCCCCCGGAGGCCUGGGGGCCCUGGUUCACUUCCACAAGGUGGCCCUCCGCACCACCCAGAUGAUGGUUGUCAUGGAGACGGAGGCCCACCCGGCGAGGCCUAGCGUGACGGUGACGGUGUCGGCCAUGACGGGCAGCAUGAACGCGAAGACCGGACCCAGGCUGGAUGACCUGAUCCAGUGGGCCUCGGUGCUGCUGGAGUUCCAGGACGUGCUGGUGCGGACGGGCCUGAAGGAGAGGAGCCGUCUGCUGCUCGGCCCGUUCUCGUGCAGCGCCGCCCUGGAGGCCCGGUGGUGUCGGCACAGCGGCAGCCCGGGACCCGAGCCUGGGGAGCCCAAACUGCUGCUGGACCUGAAGGGAGGCCUGCUACAGGUGUUCUGGGGCCAGGAGCACCUCAACUGUCUGCGGCUGGUCCAGGAGCACCUGCAGGCCUACCUCCAGAGGGGGGCCCCCGCGGGGCCCGAGGAGCCCUGCCAGGCCCAGCCGCCCCCCUCCCCCGGACCGCACGGCCCCAGGACGGAGCUCAGCUCCGACGACCUCCGCACUGGCCUCUUCCAGUACAUCCAGGACACAGCCUCCCAGAGACUCCCAGGCUCCUACGAGGUGGUGUUCUACAGCGAGACGGAGGACGUGCCCGGGGUCAUGCUAUGGAGGUACCCGGAGCCCCGGGUCCUGACCUUCGUCCGGAUCACCCCGGUGCCCUUCAACACCACCGAGGACCCCGACAUCAGCACGGCCGACCUGGGGGACGCCCUGCAGGUUCCCUGCAGUCUGGAGUACUGGGAUGAGCUCCAGCAGGUCUUUGUGCCCUACCGGGAGUUCAGCCUAUCAGAGAGCAGCGCCUGCGAGCUGCAGCUGCCCAGCGUCAGCUUGACCAAUGAGAAGAAGGACCUGGUGGCGUCCGACCUCUGGAGAAUCGUCCUCAACCACAGCGGCACGGACGCAGGGGACGAGCAGAGUUCGGACAGUGAGUCUGGCUCCCAGCUGCCCUGUGACCAGCUGGUGUCGCCCACCGCCCUGGCUGCCUGUACCCGCGUGGACUCCUGCUUCGCGUCCUGGUUCGUGCCCUCCCUGGGGGUGUCCCUCCAGCUGGCACAGAUGGAGCUGCACCUCUGCCACCACCUGGAGCAGCUGGGCACAGUCCCUCCCCGUCGCCUCCGCCCCUUCCUCCCCGACAGGAAGUUACCUCAGGACCAGGAGUACCUGGUGCUGCGAGCCCAGGAGCCGCGGGCGUUCCUGCGGCAGUGGAGCGGUGGCGCGCGGCGCUGCCAGGAGCUCAGCUUCUCCACGGAGCUGGACUGCCGCCUGCUGGAGUACCGGAACCUCACCCUGCUGCCCCUCCUCCGGCCCGUCCUCCUCCAGGGCCAGGCGGCCGCCACGCGCCUCCCCGACCCCCACGGAGGCCCCGCCAACACCCUGCUGGACGGCAACGUGUUUGUGGACCCCGUGUUGGUCAACGUCAGCCAGUACAGCAUCCACACGCUGGACACCGCCCUGCAGAGCUGGAAACAGAACCAGGCCCCCGGCGCAGAGGAGCUGGUGUACAGCCACUACGUGAUCUGCAACGACACCCACGAGACGCUCCGCUUCGGCCAGGUGGACACGGACGAGAGCGUGCUGCUGGCCAGCCUGCACAGCCACCAGUACAGCUGGCGCUCGCACAAGUCCCCCCAGCUGCUCCACAUCUGCAUGGAGGGCUGGGGGAACUGGCGCUGGUCGGAGCCGUUCAGCGUGGACAACGCCGGGACCCUCCUGAGGACCAUCCACUACAAGGGCCGCACCGCCUCGCUCAUCAUCAAGGUGCUGCAGCUCAGCGGUGUCCUGAAACAGAUCAUAAUCUGUGGGCGCCAGGUGAUGUGCAGCUACCUGAGCCAGGACAUGGAGCUGCGCGUGGUGCAGCACUACGUGGGGGCGGACGGGCAGACGGUGGUGCGCGAGCACCAGGCCUGCCUGCAGGGCGGCGCCAAGCUGCCCUCCUACGUCCUGGAGGACGCCGAGAUGACGGAGCUGUGCGUGCGCGCGCGCGGCGACGAGGACUGGUCCCAGGACGUCCGCCUGGAGAGGAAGGAGAGGGGCGGAGCCAGUGCCGUGGUUCAGGUGCCUUGUUCCAGUGGGUCUCUGCUCUAUGUCUGGUGCACCCUCAUCACCAUGGAACGCGACACACACAUGCAACAGAGGCUGGUGGUGUUCAGCCCGUUGUUCAUCAUGAGGAGCCACCUGCCUGACCCAGUCAUCCUCCAUGUGGAGAAGAGAAGCCUCGGUCUCAGCGACACCCAGGUGAUCGAGGGCCAGGGCCACGAGGAGCCCCUGCUCAACACUGAGGCCGACCUCACACACCACCUCACCUUCCAGGCCAGGGAGGAGGAGGAUGCGUCCCAUUGUGCUGUACCCAUCUCCACCAGCCUGAUCAGGCAGAUGGUGAACAAGGCCGGAGAGGAGGAGCCUUCAGAGGACCUGCUGGCUGACUUCUACGGCCUGAAGACCCAACAGCAGGCCCCCUGGCCCUACGUCAGCAAGGACACAGACAGGUCUGGUGCUGGAGAGGCGGUGGCCCAGUGGGACAGCCCCAUGCAGGUGAAGCUGUCAGCCUGGCGGCGGGGCCUGAACACCCUGCUGGUGGAGCUCCUCCCCUGGGCUCUGCUGGCCAACCACUCCCUGUGGGACCUGUGGCUGUUCGAGGGGGAGACCAUCAUCCUGCAGAUCCCCGCCGGCAGGGUCCUAGUGCCCCCCAACUUCAAGGAGGCCUUCCAGAUCGGGAUCUACUGGGCCCAGACCAAUACGGUCCACAAGUCGACGGCCCUGAAGCUGGUCCACGACCUCACUUCCCCCCGCUGGAAGGAAGGCCCCACCCAGGAGGUGCUCCCUCUGGAUGAGGAGGGCUACGUGGACGCCGAUGUCCCCCUGGGGGGCGCGGCUGGGGGGCAGAAGGUGUGCCAGUUCUGCGUGUCCUCCGGGGUCAGACAUGGGGUCCAGAUCCUGCAGAUCGAGGACAGGACCGUCCUGGUCAACAACACACCCUACACCGUCCACUACAGACCCCUGCUGUCUCGCUCUCCCGUGGGAGGAGACCAGGCCUGUGAUCUCCCAGAGACGGAAGGGUUCACCCUGGCCCCGGGUGAGGAGGGUGCGCGGCCCAGCCCCUGCUCCGUGCCCUGCUGGGACCUGCUCCGCCCCAGCCACCAGGGGGAGCUAGACUCCCCUCUCCCCCUCAGGCACAUACUCUUCAGCUGCGUGCCCAGGGACGAGCCUGGAGCCUGGAGCCUCCCCGCCCCUAUACGAGCCGACUUCCCCAGGCAGAGCGUCCCGGUCCCUGGGGACACGUGCGGAAGCGCUGGCCUGGCCACCAGGGCAUUGGUGCUGACCCACCAGGAGCACCAGGGUGUGACCUACCUGACCCUGAGCGAAGACCCCUGUCCUCGUAUGAUCGUCCACAAUACGUGUCCCAUCCCCCUGCUGCUGAAGGAGAGCCUCAGAGAGCCCCCCAGGACAGAGCUGUUCUGCAGGGCCCUGCCAGCCAGCUGCUCCGUGCACCACGAGCUCUACCAGCCGGCUGCCUGCUUUCCAGACUGUCGCCUCAGAGAAGCCCUGCCCCCGCUGCUGCUGCGCACCACUACGCACGCACACACCGACUGGACCGACCCCCUGGACAUCAACAGCCCUGGGACGCAGGUGGUGUUCCUCUCAGGGUUUGGCUGUCUCUACAUCCAUGUGGUCCAGCAGAGUGGCACCACCAUCCUCACCCUGGCACCAGAGGGCAGCGUUGACUCGGUCAUCAGCCAACACAACAGGAUGUCCAAUCAGAAGCUAGCCUUCCGGGUGCUGCUGAGUGAGGCCAGUGUGGCGCUGAAUGAUGACAUCACCAGCCCCCAGGGUUCCGUGGAGCUCCUGCGUCUGACCCUGUCCAGGCUGCUGGUGAACGUGGCUCCGGCCCAGUCUGAGCUGGACCCCACGGGGCUGGGGCUGGGGGGUCGUGGGGGGGCCGCAGAGGCAUGCCAGGUGGAGGUCUACUGUGCCAGCCUUCAGGUGGACAACCAGCUGUACAACCGCGCUAGCUUCCACUUCCCCGUGCUGCUGUGCCAGGAGGAGCGGGCACAGCCGGUGGCGUGGAGCAGCGAGGCCAACCCCACCGUGUCCACGGCGGCGCUGGAGGAGUACGUGAGCAGCUGCUUCCUGACGCUGGGGCUGAUCCUGGCGCCGGACGGACGCACGCUGGACCAGGUGACCUUCCAGCUGCAGCCAGCUCGUGUCUACCUGGAGGACACCUUCGUCUACUACAUCAAGACUCUGUUCCACACCUACAUCCCUAACUCCGCCCUGGCCGCCGCCCCGCCCCCGCCCGGUUCCCCCGACCCCAGGGCCCCCGUCCUCCCUGAGCCGGUGCUGCACGGCCUCCAGGCACUGCUGUGGCCCCUGCGGCUCCAGAGGCUGGCCAUCCAGCCGGUCAGCCUGCUGGUCAGCAUCCACGCCUCCCUGAAGCUGUACAUCGCCUCGGACCACACCCCCCUGGCGUUCUCGCUGUUUGAGAGGAACUCGCUGUGCACCACCCCCAGACAGCUGGUUCACGCACUCGCCAUGCACUACGCCGCUGGGGCCCUCUUCAGAGCUGGCUGGGUGGUGGGGUCUCUGGAGAUCCUGGGCAGUCCUGCCAGUCUGGUCCGCAGCAUCGGGAACGGCGUGGCCGACUUCUUCCGUCUGCCGUACGAGGGCCUGACCCGCGGGCCCGGAGCCUUCGUCACCGGGGUCUCCCGGGGAACCACCUCCUUCGUCAAACACAUCUCCAAAGGUACACUGACAUCCAUCACCAACCUGGCCACCAGCCUGGCCAGGAACAUGGACCGCCUCUCCCUGGACGAGGAGCACUACACCAGGCAGGAGGAGUGGAGGAGACAGCUGCCUGAGAGCCUGGGGGACGGGCUGAGACAGGGGCUGUCCCGCCUGGGCAUCAGCCUGCUGGGGGCCAUCGCUGGCAUCGUGGACCAGCCCAUGCAGAACUUCCAGCGGACGUGGGAGGCGCCCAACUCGGCGGGCAGCACGGCCCGCGGCGUCAUCUCCGGAGUGGGGAAAGGCAUUGUGGGAGUUUUCACCAAGCCCAUCGGAGGAGCGGCCGAGCUGGUCUCCCAGACGGGAUACGGUAUCCUUCACGGAGCAGGACUGUGGCAGCUGCCUAAACAGCUGUACCUCCCCGUAGAAGGCAAGUCAGCCCUGGCCCCCAACAGCCACGUCAAAUACGUCUGGAAGAUGCUCCAGUCCCUGGGGCGCCCGGAGGUCCACAUGGCGCUGGAGGUGGUCAUCGUGAGCGGGUCGGGCCAGGAGCACGCGGGCUGCCUGCUGCUGACCGGGGAGGUCCUGUUCGUGGUGAGCCUGAGUGAGGACACCCAGCAGCAGGCCUUCCCCGUCACUGAGGUGGCCUGCCAGCAGGAGCCCUGCCUGGGGGGCCAGGAGCCCCACAGCCCGGGGGGCCAGCUCACCCUCACCCUGCAGCAGGCCAGGAUCACCAGCGACGCUGAGGGCGACGGUGGUCGCGAGCGUCUGUCGGAGCUGCAGUACCGCCGCCUGGUGGACUACGUGAGCAGGGCGUCCCAGUACCUGUCUCCGUCCAGCGCCUCGCUCCACGCCCAGCCCCCCGUCACCAUGGCCGAGCCGCCGCCCACCGUCAGCAAGAGCUACCGCUACCUGGUGGAGCCCGCCGCCGCCACCGUGUUCGUCAGCAAGUUCACCAUGGUGAAGAACAAGGCGCUGCGAGUCGGCUUCCACUGACACACACGGCUUGUGGAUUCACAAACGGCCUUUCGUUGAAUGUUUAGAUGCCUGGGACUUGUUUAUGCAAUACAACAUAGAGAGCCA